UGCUGUGUAGCAUCUUUGGGAAUUUUUAUCGCAUUUCAAGAUGACUGGCCGUGGAAAGGGAGGAAAAGGAUUGGGAAAAGGAGGCGCUAAACGUCACAGAAAAGUUUUACGUGAUAACAUUCAGGGUAUCACGAAACCAGCUAUUCGUCGCUUGGCGAGACGUGGUGGCGUAAAGCGUAUUUCUGGAUUGAUUUACGAAGAGACUCGAGGUGUCUUAAAGGUUUUCCUCGAGAAUGUUAUUCGUGAUGCUGUUACUUAUACCGAGCACGCCAAGAGAAAAACUGUAACGGCAAUGGAUGUGGUGUAUGCUCUGAAGCGUCAGGGAAGAACCUUGUAUGGUUUUGGUGGUUAAGUUUAUGGAGCUAAAAAUAUAACGGCCCUUUUAAGGGCCACCAAUUUAUCAUAUGAUGGAAAUUAUCUUGGAGAGCAAUACAUA